AUCAGAGAGAGAGAGAAAAAAAAAGAAAGAAGAAGACAGAAGUGAGAAAGAAGAAAUGACAGUAGAAGAGGUAGGAGACGACUAUACAAAAGAUGGAACAGUUGAUCUUCAAGGCAACCCUGUUCGAAGAUCCAUUAGAGGUCGUUGGAAAGCUUGUUCCUUCGUCGUUGUGUACGAGGUGUUUGAAAGAAUGGCUUAUUACGGGAUAUCAAGCAACCUAGUGAUAUACAUGACAACCAGAUUGCACCAAGGAACGGUCAAGUCAUCGAACAAUGUGACUAAUUGGGUUGGGACUAGUUGGCUCACUCCAAUCUUGGGUGCUUAUGUUGCAGACGCUCAUCUUGGUCGCUACAUCACUUUCGUCAUCUCUUGUGCUAUCUAUUUCUCGGGGAUGAUGGUGUUAACACUAUCAGUAUCAAUACCAGGACUUAAGCCACCAGAGUGUUCCGCAGCUAAUGUGGAAGAUUGCAAAAAAGCCUCAGUUUUACAAUUAGCAGUCUUCUUUGGAGCAUUAUACACUUUAGCAAUCGGUACGGGCGGUACAAAACCGAACAUAUCAACCAUAGGAGCCGACCAGUUCGAUGUGUUCGACCCAAAGGAGAAGAUUCAAAAGCUAUCGUUCUUUAAUUGGUGGAUGUUUAGUAUCUUCUUUGGUACUCUCUUUGCCAACACUGUUCUUGUCUAUGUUCAAGAUAAUGUUGGCUGGACCUUAGGUUAUGGACUUCCAACAUUGGGUUUGGCUAUUUCCAUUUCCAUUUUCUUGAUGGGUACUCCGUUUUAUCGUCACAAACUUCCCACUGGUAGCCCUUUCACCAAGAUGGCUCGAGUCAUCGUGGCUUCGUUUCGCAAAGCCAAUGCACCGAUGGCUCAUGACUCCACGAGCUUCCACGAGCUGCCUUCACUUGAAUAUGAGCGUAAAGGCGCCUUUCCGAUUCAACCCACUCCAAGUUUACGAUUCUUAGACAGAGCUUCACUAAAAACAGGAACAAAUCAUAAAUGGAAUCUAUGUACAACCACAGAAGUGGAAGAAACAAAACAAAUGCUAAGAAUGUUACCGGUCUUGUUCAUAACUUUCGUCCCAAGCAUGAUGCUCGCUCAAAUCAACACGUUGUUUGUUAAACAAGGAACCACUCUAGACCGAAAGGUCACUGGAUCUUUCAGCAUCCCACCAGCGAGUCUCUCCGCAUUUGUCACACUCUCAAUGCUUAUUUCCAUAGUUAUAUACGAUCAAGUCUUCGUCAAGCUAACCCGAAAAUUCACGGGUAAUCCAAGAGGCAUAACUUUGCUUCAACGAAUGGGAAUAGGUCUUAUCUUUCAUAUCCUCAUUAUGAUCGUCGCAUCUGUUACUGAAAGGCAUAGACUCAAGAUCGCUGCUGAUCAUGGUCUCAUCCACCAAACAGGAGUAAAACUACCUUUAACUAUCUUUGUUUUGCUUCCUCAAUUCGUGCUAAUGGGUAUAGCUGAUUCGUUUUUAGAAGUCGCAAAGCUCGAGUUUUUCUACGAUCAAGCUCCCGAGAGCAUGAAAAGCCUCGGGACAUCGUAUUCGACAACGAGUUUAGCGGUUGGGAAUUUCAUGAGCAGUUUCUUGUUAUCAACAGUGUCCGAGAUAACGAAGAAACGAGGAAGGGGUUGGAUUUUGAAUAAUCUUAACGAGUCUAGGUUGGAUCAUUAUUACCUCUUCUUUGCGGUACUCAAUCUUGUUAACUUUGUCUUGUUCUUGGUCGUGGUUAGGUUUUAUGUUUAUAGAGCUGAGGUUACUGAUUCUGUGGAUGUCAAAGAAGAGGAAAUGAAAGAACAUGAAUGACAUAUGAUGAAUAAUACUAUAGUUUUUUUCUAUACCA